AUAUGCCUGCAGCUAUAGAGCAUAGCCUUAUCUCAAUCAUUUUCGACUUCCACGCUCCAAGGCAUCAAAGAAGAUGUUGCCAAAAUUAAUCACUUAAAUACCACAGUGCUUGGCCAGGCCUAUCUUCUAGGAUCGAAGGGCGGCUAAAACCAAAGCUUGUUUCGGAAAUCUCUACAAUAUAUGAAAUGGCAUGUAUUAAUUAGAUAUGGAGGAUUAACCAAUUAGCAGUCAUUAUAGUCUCCUCCUAUGUCUUGAUUCACAAAGCAGUUUAUUUAAAUUGAAACUUUUAAUCCCUCUUCAAUCAGUUUGAGGCAAUGGAGUCGAUAAUCGUCCCCCAUGAAGCUGAUCAUAAAUUGCAGAGAGCAGUUGGCAGUGGUACGGAAAAUAGAUCAGUGGAAACCAAUUCCUUAAGGCAAAGAUUUCUUGCUUCAAUUGGUGCCCAUGAAUACUUUUCACCAGAGAUGUGGAGAGCAGCUCUUACAGAGUUUGUAGCAACUGCGUGUCUAAUGUUCACCUUGACGUCUUCAAUCAUCUCAUGCUUGGAUUCACAUGAGGUUGAUCCCAAGCUGUUAGUACCCUUUGCGGUCUUCAUCAUAGCCUUCCUUUUCCUCAUGGUGACAGUUCCUUUAUCUGGUGGUCAUAUGAGUCCUGUUUUCACAUUCAUAGCUGCCCUAAAAGGUGUCAUAACUCUUGCUAGAGCUUCCAUCUACAUCUUGAUGCAAUGUGUUGGUUCAAUUGUGGGAUUUCUUAUUAUCAAGACUGUGAUGGACCAUAAUGCAUCCCAAAAGUACUCCUUAGGUGGCUGCACAACACAUGGAGUAGGCACCCAAACAGCAUUGAUGUUAGAAUUUGUUUGCACAUUUGUGGUUCUCUUUGUUGGAGUCACUGUGGCAUUCGACAAGAAAAGGUGCAAGGAACUUGGUUUAGCAAUGGUGUGUCUCGUGGUGGCCGGGGCUAUGGCACUUGCAGUUUUUGUGUCCAUUACAGUCACUGGGAAGUCCGGGUAUGCAGGCGUGGGGCUGAACCCGGCAAGGUGCUUAGGACCUGCAUUGUUGCAAGGGGGGAUAUUAUGGGAUGGUCAUUGGGUUUUCUGGGUUGGCUCCAUCUUGGCCUGCAGUGUGUACUAUUGUUUCUCUUUGAACUUGCCCAAGGAGGGUUUGCCAUUGUAGAUGGAGAUUGAAU